UGGGCGUGCCAAAAACACUAUUCACAUGUGAAUUUCAACAAAAUUAUAAAAACAUCAUUUUAUUUUCUCGAAAUUCGCUAAAAUUUGAGUCAAAAUGUCAGCAUUGUGCAGAAGAAUAACAUCUUUAGCGACUCAACUUCGAAUCCAAACAUUCGCCGCCGUGGAAUCGCAGAGAAAUGCGCUUAGUUUGCCGACGCGGAUUUUCCCGAGCUUGAACUUUUUCUCAUCAAAGCCACCGCCCGGCCCGCCGACCAUCAAUGAUAAGCUUAUGGAAUUCUUAGACAGUCCCAAAAACUGGAGUGCAGACACCAUAAAAACUGGCAGAUCAUGGAGAACUGAUGAACUCAGAAUUAAAAGUAACGAAGACCUGCACAAGCUUUGGUUUGUCUUGUUAAAGGAACGGAACAUGCUUCUCUCAAUGGAGAGGGAGUGCAAAAAGGAGUACCGGGUUUUUGCCAAUCCAGAGAGAAUUGACAAAGUGGAGGAGAGCAUGGAGAAUUUGGAAAAAGUAGUCCGAGAGAGAAACAAAGCUUACUUUGAUCUUGAAACCACAGAACCCUCUGAACGACCUGGAAAACUUGUUUCCGACCAGAUUGGAAUGAGAUAUUUCUACAAGUACGCAGAGCAUUACAUCCCCAAAAUAAUGAACAGGAAGUGGAGGGCACAAGUGGUUCAUGGCUACGAGGGAAGAGCUGUGAAAAUGUUCCUUCUUCGCAUGGCCGAGAAAAAGUACAACAAGCAGGCUUGGCAGACACACUGCCGAAGAAGAUAUGUUUCUAAAUUGUUCAGAAAUUUCCCAGACGUUGACGAAGAUGCGAUCAGGAAAGCCUUCCCUGAUGUUGAUAUAGAAGCAGCCAAAAAUCACAAAGAUGCUCGAGGGAAUCACAAUAAGAACAUUGCUUAGCUAAUUAAUUGCAGAUAAGUGCAGGAAGUCAAAAUUAAAUAAAUAUUAUGAAAAUGG